AUGGCACACAGGGUUGAUGUUUUUGGGUGUGUUUUUGUGUGUCUGUGUGUGUGUUUGUGCGAUGAACGACGGUUAUACUGUAACUGUGAAAUCGGCACUGACCAAACGAGCCAUGGCCACAGUUUUACUUUUGCUGUUGCUAUUGUUGUCGAUGCUGCUGCUGCUGCCGCUGCUGUUGCUGCUGCUGCUACUCCUGUUGAUAUUGCCGCUGUUGACCCAUUGAGUUUGCUGUGGCAGUCGUUAACCAGUGAUGAAUUUGAGGUCAAGUUUAAGCGGUUUUCAUAUGCUCUAUUUUCAGUUUGUCGGUCAUGUUUGCUCAAGCAUCUGAAAGUAUCGAAAACAUGCCCUGUUUGUGGGAAUGAUCUAGGUUCGAAAUUAGGAAAAGCAAUAGGACGGGAUUUAUUUUUGCAAAGAUUAGUUUAUAAAAUAGUACCAGAUAUGUACUGGAAAGAAGUAAUGCAGCGGACGGAGUAUCUUCGGAAAAGAGUGAUUUCGGAAGAAGAAAUUGCUUUUCUUCUUGAUAAUGACAUGACGGACUUUGCAAACCAUUUUUGUGCCGCUUACGAAAAAAUCCCUUUGUGUAUUGAAUACAUUCGAAGUGCCCCUAGUCAAGAAGAAGCGGACGAAGACGUAAUGGAUUGGCAAGAUGGUUCUGUUAAAACGACACUUAAACUACCGGCUACUGAUCCUGAUGAAUCGGAACAGAGCGGUAUUAAUGAGGCCAGUACUUCCCAUAGUGGAUCUGAUUUUGACAGUCCUAGUAAGACACCAAUUAAAGCGGGUACAAAAGAUGAUCAGGAAGUGGAUGACAUGAAGAAACCAAGCAGGAAUAAACGCAAUAGCAGAAGUGGAAGAAGAAGUGUAACUAAGGCCGAUCGUCUAAACAACAACUCUGUUGCGCCACCUUUAGAAUUUAGAAGAUACUUCUUAGCAGAGGCUAAAACAAAGUUAUCAUCAUUUCGGAAAGUCUUAGAGGGAAAGCUGAAAGUUAGAGAGAACGGUGUUCAGUUGCUGUUUUUGGAUUCGACUAAAAACUCUGUUCUUGAAGACAACUGUACAUUACAAGACAUCGCUUAUAUUUUCGGUUGGGAUCGUAGAGAGUCGAUGAAGAUUCUUUUUACUUUGCAGAGGGAACCGGCUGACGAUGAGCCGCCAGUUCUUACUAUGGAAGAAAUGCCAGUACUGUACAAGGAAGAGCCCUUUGCAUGCCAAGAGGAAGAGAAGCAAGAUCAGUCGACUCCUGUGAUAGCUCCUGUCGUUAUUCCACAGUUAACGGUGACUCUAGAUGCUGCCGCUAUGGCAGGAUCAGGGAAGCAACAGCCAAUCAUUGUUACCGGGCCGUCCCAGCCUCCAAGGAAAAGGAGGAAAGUUUCAUCUCCUACGAAGCGUACGAGUCUUACUCCUCUUUAUCCUGUUCAGCGCAUGACUGGUUUAUCACCACAUGAAAAAGCCCCUCCAAUGAUGCCAUCUCAACCACCUAAAGAAGUUUCCUCAGCAAAGAAAAACCUUUUAAAUCAGCAGGCUUUGAAUAGCCCUGCAACAACUAGCAGCUCUGGCACAUCGCCUGCAGCCUCAGCGAAACAAACUGCGAAAGGUGAGGCAAAAAAUUCUGCCUCGGCUGGUGAGAAACAGGAGAACUUGAAUAGUCGGAUUCAUGAAAUUCUCCUUCAUAAGGGUCUUCCGCCUCCUCCGCAGAAUGCAACAGCACCAUCUACAUCAGCGAGCCAUGUCCCUGAAAAAUCUGAGCCACCAAAAGCUUCGUGCGUUUCGGCUGCCCCGCGUUUAAUAGCUCCAGCUAUGGCCCCUGCAGGUAUUGGAGCAGCUCAGCCGUCAAGUUCGUGUAUUGUGCCUGUAUCUCACUUACGCUCACUACAACCGAGGCAGGACAAAAUUAACUAUGAUGAGAUUGUGCGACAUUUUGGUUCCUUUUCUAGGUUUUGCGCUCCUAAUGGAAUGCUUCCUUUGUGUGACCCGCGAAUUGCACAUGCUCCAAUCAAAUCAAUUUUAUCAGUUCAGCACACAGAUGUUGCACCCUAUUUAAGGGGAGAGGAAAUAAAAAAGAGGGAAGUUUUGCUGAAUUCUGGCGAAGCUCAAGGCCGUUUUUUAGUUUUGGUGGCGUUGCUGCCUAUCUUUUCUUUUAUACAUUUGGAAUCAGGUUUGAAAGUGCCGGAGGGGAAGAGGGAAGUGUGGUUGUCAUUUCAACGACUGUGGGUGAUCAGGACUGCACUGCUAGCCGUAGAGUUGUUAGGCCCUGAAGUGAAUCACUUUAUGUGACC